AUGGCUUUACAUCAAUUCGAUUACAUCUUUGCUAUUGCAAUGAUUUUUGCAUUCUUGGAUGCUUGGAACAUUGGUGCAAACGAUGUCGCCAACUCCUUCUCAUCCUCGGUCUCGUCUAGAUCGUUAAAGUACUGGCAAGCCAUGAUUCUCGCAGCCAUCAUGGAAUUCCUUGGUGCCGUUUUGGUGGGAUCGAGAGUAUCCGAUACCAUUAGAAACAAAAUUGUCGACGUUAGCGUCUUUAGUGACGAACCAGCCGUGUUGAUGUUGACCAUGGCCACCGCCUUGGUUGGCUCUUCAACUUGGCUCACCAUUGCCACAUCCAUUGGUAUGCCAGUUUCUACAACCCACUCGAUUGUCGGUGCCGUUAUUGGUGCAGCAAUUGCCGCUAAAGGUGGCCAAAACAUCCACUGGGGAUGGAGUGGUGUCUCACAAAUUAUUGCAUCUUGGUUCAUUGCCCCUUGUAUUGCUGGUGCUUUUGCAUCAAUUGUGUUUUUAAUCUCCAAAUUUGCAGUUUUGGAAAUUAAAAAUCCAAGAACAUCGCUAAGAAACGCAAUGAUGUUGGUUCCAAUCUUGGUUUACGCUGCCUUUUCCAUCUUGACCAUGUUGAUUGUUUGGAAAGGAUCACCCAAAUUGAACUUGUCCGACUUGUCCACCGGCGCCAUUGUUGGUGCCAUCUUUGGAACUGGUGCUGUUGCUUGUGCAGUCUACUUGUUGUUUGCAUACCCAUACUAUUACAGAAAGUUGGUCAACGAAGAUUGGACUUUGAAAUGGUACGACAUCUUUAGAGGACCACUCUUGUGGUUUAAAUCCACCGACAAUAUCCCACCAAUGCCCCAAGGACACCAAUUGACAUUGGAUUACUAUGAAGGAAGAAGAUACGACGAGGCAGGAAACUUGGUUGGCUCAACAAAUGCAAGUGUCAAAUGCGACUCGGUUGACGGAAAAUUAUCCGAUGAAAUUGAAAGCCACGAUGGUGUUGAUUACGACGCUGAAAAGGCAAACUCCAUCACUGUUAACCAACUCUCGAAGGAACCUUCAGCUAUUGAAUCUAAAAAGGGUUCAGCAAACCCUACUACUGCUGCUGCUGGUACUUCAACAACACGCAAGUAUCCAAACAAGUAUCCCGAAUAUUGGAAACUCGCUAAAGCCUCACCAAAGAACUGGCCAUUGGUUUGCUUCCUCGUUUUCUUCCACGGUGUUAGACAAGAUAUCAUUUCAAACCAGGCCAACAACAAGGAUAUGCUUGCCGGUGACUUGCACAAGAUGCACACCUCGUCCAAAUACUAUGACAAUAAAAUCGAAUACAUGUACUCCUUGCUUCAAGCAAUCACUGCUUGUACCAUGUCCUUUGCUCACGGUGCUAAUGACAUUGCCAAUGCCACAGGUCCAUUAGCAACUGUUUACCUUGUCUGGACCACAAACACCACAGCAUCAAAAGCUGAAGUUCCAGUUUGGGUUCUUUGUUACGCAGCAGCAGCUUUGGUGAUUGGUUUGUGGACUUUUGGCUACAGAAUCAUGGCAAACUUGGGUAACAAGUUGAUUUUGCAAUCGCCCGCUAGAGGCUUUGCUAUUGAAUUGGGUGCUGCCGUUACUACCGUGAUGGCUACCCAAUUGAAGAUUCCCAUCUCAACUACACAAUCCGCCGUUGGUGCUACCGUGUUUGUGGGUUUGUGUAACAAGGAAUGGAAAUCAGUCAAUUGGAGAAUGGUUAUCUGGUGUUACUUGGGCUGGAUUUUCACCUUGCCAUGUGCUGGUUUGAUUGCCGGUAUCCUCAACGGUAUCAUUUUGUAUGCACCAUCUAAAGGAAUGGAAUAUACUAUGAGUUAG